CACUGAUGAUCAGUCCCAGCUGUAGUGCCAAAUCAAUCAGUGCCUACCAGUGCACAUCAAUACCACAUAUCAGUGCCCAUCUGAGCUGCCUUUCAGUGUCACCCAUCAGUGCCAGUCAGUGCCACCUAUCAGUGCUGCCAAUCAGUGCCAGUCAGUGCUGCCUAUCAGUGCCAUGCAUCAGUGCUGCCUUUCAGUGCCCAUCAGUGAUGCCUGUCAAUGCCCAUCAGUGCUGCCAAUCAGUGCCACCUAUCAGUGCCAGUCAGUGCCCCCUAUCA